UGUUGAAGCAGUAACCGUUUGUAUUUCUGUGACUUACGUGAAGAAAUCCGAAGACUAAUACGCUUCAGGUAAAUAACCCACCUGCUGUCAUCAGAGAUUAUAUGUCGUCCGAAGGAAACACAGGUUGCAAAUAACACAAUAUUACAUAAUAUUGGGGAUGGGGAAGCCAGCGAACGUGACUAUCAUUUCCAUUCUGCUGAGCGUGUUUAUGUGUCCUGCUUAUGGCCAGACUCCGCCGACCCCAACCGUGACAAGGCGGAAUUGUACUAAAGAGGAGUGUGGAGAUUGUGUCAACUGUCAAGUCUUGGAAAACUUUGGCAAAAAUGAUAACUUUCCCAGGAACGAAACGUUUGAUUGUUCGACAGCCGUUCCGACAUAUUGGGAAGUCGAGGCAAAGUAUGUAUCAUUUGGUCAGGAAAGUGUAGCUGGGGUAGAACUGUCAGUAAAAGAGGAGGUAAACUUAAAAGGUUAUUGUGUGAAUUCAACAAGAAAGUGGAAAGAUGCAUUUACAGUGGCACCAACAUUCUACCGAACCAUGUCAUCGAAUAUAACGAUAGAUUGUCCCACAUGUUCGCGGAAAAAAAGGUGUAACAUGUUGGUCCGAGAAUUGAGAUACCGUGUUCCAAAAAAGGACCCGAAUUAUAAAUGUCCAGAGGGUUGGCUCCAGCAAGACCAUUUAUGUUAUGCACUGUACAGGAACGCUACGACCUGGAAUAAGGCAAACGAACAUUGCGAAAGCAGUAAUUCAAAACUGGUCAGCAUCCUCGACGGAGAGGAGUUGUUAAACUUAAAGCAUUUUUUCACAUCAUUUUGGUGGCCGGUGAUCAAUGAGACAUCAUUUAGAUCAAAUGAAUGGAUUUUCAUUGGACUCAUUGGAUCAGGUAACCGGAACCCUGCAGAGGACCCCGGUGAAUAUGCCAAUGCAAACUUCAACUGGACAGACAACCAUCCAGCUACCUACUUCGAAUGGUAUCAAGCCGUUGACGAUGCGAUCGUUGACGACCUUUGGCAAGCCGUCUUAAGUGCUUACUCUCAACCAACGGCCAUUGGCACUUGCAAGUGCGGUGUCAUGUUCGUCAACUACGCCGUCUUCAAGAAAAGCUUCUGGUUCAAAAUUCCUUGCAGUUUUCCAAUUGAAUGUUCGGCUUACAUCUGCAAAAAAGAAGCAGAGGAAAUCAGUAGAAGAGGAGGAAAGGACAAUAAAACCAUGGAACUACAAGGUAAGAUCGCUGAAAAUACAUCGACAACUGUUUUAGGUGGUUGCGGCAAGGGUUGGACUCUGUACCAAAGGGCGUGUUAUUUCAUGUACACGUCGACUGAUCGUCUUAACUCUGGUCCCACUCCGGAGGAGACCCUUCGAAAAGAAUGCACGAAUCAGAAAGCUGAUGUCGCCCCAAUCGAUAACCCAAACGAGAAACAGAUAGUUCUGCAUCUUUUGAAAUUGUGGCGGCACUUGAAAGAGUACGGGCCAGUGUUGUUGCUGAAAGAGGGCAAGACGAUUAUCUAUACGGUGCAGAAUACGAGGGAACAGGCGGACUAUAUAGCAAGGCUGGACGAAAAAUAUGCGAAGAAGUAUAAUGUGAAUGUUUCAAAAAAUCAAGAGCCUUUGCGGAGCGUUAUCUGUACGAGAUUAACUGAAACUCGACUUAUAAUGUGUAAAGCCAACCAAAAAAAGUGCAACGAUGGAACUUGCAUUAACCCCAAUUUUGUCUGCGAUAACAUCCCUGACUGCCCAGAUAAAUCCGACGAAGAAAGCUGUAACACCACUCAUGUACGAUUCAAAAUGUUCAAUUGCGCGAAUAAUAAGACAAUCCCGUAUUCAUUAACCUGUGACUUCAUCAAUAAUUGUGGCGACAGGUCGGAUGAAACAUUCUGUGAACACAAGCCAUGCGAUGGGGCACAAUUCAAAUGCGAAAAUGGUCAGUGUAUCCAUGAGGCCAAGCGGUGUGAUCUCAACAACGAUUGCGUAGAUAGAAGUGACGAAAAAAACUGCCGUACACGGGAUCUUAAGCAGAAGGCUUUCCGGUGUUAUAGUGGUAAAUGGAUCCCCAACUCGAUGAUAAAUGAUAUCUAUGGUGACUGUCCUGGCAUUGCAUCGGAAGACGAACUGCAAGAUUGGUCAGCUCACUCACUGCUGCGGGCCAUGUUUACGCCGAAAGCAAAAUCAAAGUACUUAGAAUCGAAAGAGGACUAUUUCUCUUUCUGUCCGAAGCCCAACGAAGUGCGAUGUAAAUAUGAAUUUACGACUUGCUUCAGGCGUGAAGACAUUUGUGCCUACGAUUACGACAAAUUCGGUGUCUUGACUUCGUGUCGAGACGGCAGCCAUUUACUCGACUGUAAGGACUUUGAAUGUCCGGGUAAAUUCAAGUGUAAUAACUCGUAUUGUAUCCCUGUGAGAAUGCGCUGUGAUAAUACAGUUGACUGUCCUCAUGGGGAAGAUGAAGUUGGCUGCAAUAACACAGCCUGUCCCCCAGGUUUCUUUAGGUGCCGAAACGGGAUUUGCCUUGAUCAGAACGAGGUUUGUGACGAACGAGUUCAUUGUAAUACGUACGAGGAUGAUGAGACGAUGUGUGGUGACGUCAUAACGUGUCCUCGGCUAUGCACUUGCCGUGGUUUGGCCAUUGCGUGUACAGGCGCUGGAUCUUUAGAAAACCUGACUACCUUAAACAGCGCUGCUAGAUUUCUCAAUGUUUCCAAUACUCAUAUGAAGAUUACCCCAGAAACAUUUAAAUCGUUCCACGACUUGGUGUAUUUGGACAUCUCACAUAAUGAUAUCAUACAGUUACCGCCAAAAAUAUUUGAGAACAACCCAAACCUCCAGCAUGUUGAUUUGAGUCAUAACAAAUUGACGAAUAUUGUAGCGGACACAUUCUUGGGGCUCAAGAAUCUAAAGACUCUGAUACUUGUUAAUAACGAGUUGACGAAUCUCGCAAAAAACGGUUUCCAAAUCAUCAGUGAACCGUCCAACUCUAGUGAUCAGGACCACUGCUUUGACGUGCUGGACCUGAGAAAUAACAAUUUUGAGGUCAAUCCCCUGGAAAUCCUUGAACUAAAGCUAGUCUGCACCAAAUUAUUAAAAAUGGACAGGUUUGACCUCUGUUGCGCCGCUGAACGUGCUGUUAAUUGCACACCAAAGGGGGGCGUGUUCUCCUCAUGUGAUGACCUAAUGGCUAACGACACCCUUCGUUACUCCAUCUGGGUCCUCGGUAUCAUGGCAUUGUUGGGUAACCUGUUUGUCCUAUUCUGGAGACUCCUCCACCACAAGCAAGGUUUAGGGGUGGAAAACCUACUUGUGACGAACCUUAGCAUUGCCGACUUCCUAAUGGGCGUGUACCUCCUAAUCAUUGGGGGUGUCGAUGUCCAAUUCAGAGGCGUAUUUGGCGUGAAACAGGAGAUGUGGAUGUCGCACGGUCUGUGUUACUUUGCUGGCAUCAUCAGCCUGAUUUCCAGUGAGAUAUCUGUCUUUUUGCUGGUCUUCAUCACGGCAGAUCGGGUCAUAGCUAUUGUAUUUGCUUUCAAAAUGGAAAAGGUCACAUUGAAGCAAGCAGCUAUUGUUCUCACAGUAGCUUGGAUAGUCGUUAUAGGAAUGGCUUUACUGCCGUUACUUAGCAUGUCCAAAAAAGGCUUCUUUACCAAUUUCUAUGGUAGUAACGCAGUAUGUCUACCACUCAGUCUAGGGAAGAACGCGUCCGAUAUCUAUGGCGUCAUUAUUCUCACUCUCAAUCUCCUUGCGUUCAUCUUCAUCGCAAUCGGCUACAUUGCCAUCUAUUCCGUCAUCAGAAAAUCAAGAAAGCAAAUGGAGCAUUUCGGACAAAAGCGUGAUACCUCGAAGGAAAUGGUAUUUGUCAAACGAAUGUGUAUGGUGAUUGCCUCGGAUUUCUGUUGUUGGGUUCCAAUCGUGAUUAUGAAGUACUUGGCUUUAGGUGGUAUGACCAUCCACCCUAUUGUCUCAGCUUGGACUGCUGUCUUCGUCCUCCCUCUUAAUUCAUCACUUAAUCCCUUUCUGUACACAAUCGCCAGCCUGAACGCCUCUCGUGGGCCUGGCAAAGGCAAAGGGUCAAAAGAGAAGUUUCAAUCCACCGAUUCCGUCGAGACUCUGAACUCUCACCUUGAACUUAGCAAAACCAAGUACUCUGCUCCUCAAGAUGGAAAAUUCCCAACUACGCCGUCAGAAAGCCCUGCUAAAAUUCUUGACAAAUGUUAAGCCACAAAAGGUCAAAACUGUACCGCUGUAAAAGGAAUGGACAUCCUGGCAAUGCAGGACCCCAUACAAUAGCUGUGUAUUGUCAACGAAUGUGGUUAAUGGUUUGGUUAGGGUUAGCUACAUAAUCUUCAACAAAGGAACUCGGCGACUCUGUUCACUUUAACAAAAGGACCGGACUCAAGAUUCCGGGAGACAUGCAUUUCUUUUACACCGGGCAAUGCUGCAUGUCGUAUAGCAAAAAUGCACACCAUGUUCUAUACAUGUUAGUCCAAAGCAUUAAUGUAUACCUGAAUAAUGUUACGAUGUUAUUGGUGUGGUUAGAAUACGUUAUGAGAUCGUAGGAUGUGUCAAUGAAAUAGUGCCUAAGCUGGGUGCACACAGAGCUUGUGACUGCGUGAUCGCAGCUGCAAGCCGUAUCCCCCAAAGUCAUGCGACGACGCAAUCCUCUAGACUGUUGCGAUCAUGUGUGACAUCGACGUCGCCAAAUCAUCACCAAUGUUUCAUCUCGCUCCUUGUUCCAUUCUUGAACCAUGUCUGUGGGCGCUGCCACUUGAAAUCAUGUGGUGUAACAGCAACGAUUUGAUUGGUCGAGAGGUAAUAGAUUGUCGGCAAAUUCUAUCAACGCGCAGGCGAGCGGUGCAAACUGCUUGCGCAGCCUUGCGUCCUAUGGCUGCGGCGAAUACGGUUCCGACUCAAAUCAUUUUGAUCCUUGCGAUUCCGACUGCGUCCCGGGACGCAAGAACUAAAUGGCUGCGGUCUCCAGUGCACACAGAUAUUUGCGUCCUCGCAAAGAGCCUUGCGGCUGCGAUCACGUAGGCACUAAGCUCUAUGUGCACCUAGCUUAAUAUAUUGUAAAUGUUGCAAUAAGUGGCUGUUGCGGGAAAUCAGAAAAGGCCUGUUUUUUGAUGAUACCAUUUUGAUUGAUACAUCGUAUCAAAAGCAAGAGUUGUAUUUCAAUGGAACAAGUUAGCUUUUACUACGCUUCGACUUAUCAUGAAUGGAUAAAAAUCUACAGGCCUUUUCUAACGGCCCGCGAAGGCCACUUAUUGCAGUGUUUACAGUAGCUCAUUCGAAUGCUUGGCAUUUUAGAGCAUACUAUAUUUUCUUAACUGCAUGUAUCAUUUUGCAUCCCUUUGUAUCAAAAACGUCGUAGGUUUUAAUCGAAUUUUUAAAGAAAAUGAUUAAUGCAAAGAGCCAAAUAUUAUUUAUUGAAACGAAAAACUGGAACAUACUUUUCGUGACCAACAUAUCAAUAGAUUAUAGAAAAAACUAUAUUGUUCUCGAAUUUUUUUAAAAGAAUGUGGCAAAAAUUGAGUUUACUGCUUCUGAUGUAAUAGCAAACAUGAACGAAUUUGCCCGCAAUAAUUCUUGAGGGAAUGCUUUCUGAAAGAAAGAAAAUACAUGUACAUGUGCUAUCAAAUGUUAAAUAAGCAUCAGCAUUCAAAGAUGUUUACAUAUGUAAUGCUUAUGGUUGUUAGUUAUUAACAUCUGUAAUUCUUCUAAGAAUAUACUCUCUUUUACACAUUCAGAGGUCAGUCCUUGUAAACUUGGUAAUACCACCCACUAUUAAUUUUGUAAGGUCAAAUAUACCAAUAUAGGCCCUAUAUAAAUCCCGAUUGGUCAGAAAUUCAUGUACCACCUGUUAGUUAUGCUGAAAGGGUGGAUGUCGUCCUGGGUGCCGACAAAUGGUACCCAGGUUCGAGAUCGACUGGACAAUAAGCACCCUGGGUGCCAUUACACUAGACAAAUAGCACCCAGCUUCUUUUUGCCUGGCUUACGGAUCUUAGGGACGAGGACGUUUCUUACAAUCUCGUUUUAUCUCGCGCCGUGGUACUUGUGGCAUUAGCAGUGCGCGAAAUAAAAAGAACAGAUAAACAGAAAAAAACGCGUUUAGGCCUAUAGGUCUUUGAAAGCACAUUUCGGAUGAUUUAUUCAGAAAAGGUAUAUAGGAGAGAUAUAUCCGAAAUGUGCUUUCAAAGACCUAUAGGCCUAAACGCGUUUUUUUCUGUUGAUCUGUUCUUUUUAUUUCGAGCACUGCUAAUGCCGCAAGUACCACGGCGCGAGAUAAAACGAGAUUGCAAGAAACGUCGUCCCUAAGAUCCGUAAGCCAGGCAAAAAGAAGCUGGGUGCUGUUUGUCUAGUGUAAUGGCACCCAGGGUGCUUAUUGUCCAGUCGAUCCCGAACCUGGGUACCAUUUGUCGGCACCAAGGACAACAUCCACCCUUUCAGCGUUAGUAAUAACCACCAUUUGAAAUGUAUUCUGGUAGCCAAUGGAACAUAGAACUGGGCUGUGUUACCCGUCAAUCAUGUUUUAUGUACACUCUUGGGACUGACCACUUAAUGUGUAAAAGAGAAUGUAUAUAAUGCUAAACAUUGUUAGUUACUAAUAAAUAUAGGCUAUACUUGUCUAAGUCA